ACAGGGAAAUAAAUUGCUUUUUCACUCGGUGGAUACUUUAAAACGUAACUUCAACUUUCAACUAUAUACAGCUCAACAAACACCUUCCUCGUUAAAGAAAAAGAAGAUACUCCGCAACAGCACCCUGCAUGGUUGGUGUGUUGUGCAGAGAUGACGAUGGAGGAAGGGGCACGGAGCUGUCUGCUGCGCUUUCGCCACAGACUGGAACAAGACAUCAAGCCCCCGUACCUGAUGGACCACAUGAUCAGUGAUGGUGUGAUGAGUGUGGAUGAGGAGGAGAGGAUCAGGACUCAGCCCACCAGGAAGGAACAGGCUGUGGCCAUGCUGGAGCUGCUGCUGAGGAAGGACAACUGUGCCUACAUCUCCUUCUACAACGCCCUGGUCAAAGAGGCAUAUGAUGAUUUGGCCAAUCUGCUUCAUGAUGACUUACCACAGAUCUCACCAAAUGCACAUAAGAACAGCUCUGAUGGCUUGACAUCUUAUGUCCAGACGAUGCUAAGUGAAGGUGGUGUACCGCAGAGGCCUGUGGUGUUUGUCAACCGACCAGAGCUUUUGAACCGGGUCAGGGAGAAACUCUAUCGGCUGCUGAAGGACCCUGGCUGGGUCACUGUCUUCGGGAUGGCUGGCUCGGGCAAAUCUGUCCUGGUUGCAGAGGCUGUCAGACACCAUGGGGUCAUUGAAGAGUGCUUUCCUGGAGGCAUCCACUGGUUGUCCAUCGGCCAGCUGGACAAACCAGACCUGCUGGUGAAGAUCCAGUCAUUGUGUUUCCGUUUGGAGCAGAGCCUGGACUCCCAGUGCCUCCACCGGCCUCCCAACUCUCUGGAUGAAGCCAAGGAGCGGCUACGCUUCCUCAUGCUGCGCAAAUAUCCAAGAUCUCUGCUGAUUCUAGAUGACGUCUGGGACAGUACAGUACUGAAGGUGUUUGACAUCCACUGUCGGAUAAUUCUGACCACCAGAAAUAGAAGCCUCACUGAUUCAGUUAGUGGUGCUAAAUAUGAGGUGGAAGUGGAGAGUGGUCUGGAUGAAAGCAAAGGACUGGAGAUCCUCGCUCUUUACACUAAAACUAAACCACAAGGACUACCCGAGGAAGCUCGCUGCAUUGUGAGAGAAUGUAAAGGCUCCCCUCUGGUCGUGUCCUUGAUCGGGGCUCUGCUCAAAGAGAAACCCAACCGUUGGCGUUACUACCUCUGCCAGCUGCAGCAGAAGCAGUUCAAGCGUAUACGAAAGUCAUCAUCUUAUGACUACGACGCCCUGGACCAAGCCAUGGCGGCAAGCAUUGAGGUCCUGCCUGAUGAACAUCGAGAGCUCUACAAGGACCUCACUGUGAUAGAGAAGGACAUUAAAAUCCCUGCUAAGGUGCUGUCUGUUCUGUGGGACCUGGAGACAGAGGAGGUGGAGGACAUUCUCGAGGAGUUUGUCAACAAGUCCCUGCUUUUUGUAGACUGUCACAAUAAACCCUGCCUAUAUUACCUCCAUGACCUCCAGCUGGACUUCCUGGUGGAGCAGAACCGCACCCAGCUCGAGUGCCUUCACGCUAAAGUGGUGCAUCAGUAUCAGCAGCACUACAGAGAUGCUCCUCCCACCUCAGGAGAUGAAGAGUGUCUUUAUUGGAUCAGAUUUUUGACCUACCACAUGGCCAAAGCCAACCUUUCCCAGGAGCUCUACUCCCUCAUGUUUUCUCUGGACUGGGUCAGCAUCAAGUCCCAGAUAAUGGGUCCAGCUCACCUCAUCAAUGACUAUGUGGAGUAUGGACCAAUUCUGGACAAAGAGAACAGUGAAGUGCGCAGUCAGUUCCAGGAGUUUCUGUCUCUGAACGGCCACCAGCUGGAGCAGCGUCCUUUCCCUGACGUGGUGCAGCUAGCUCUGUCUCAGCCACAAACCUCUGAGGUCUACAGACAGGCUCUGCAGCAGGCACAGGACGGCACCAGCACAGGGAAACUCUACUUUGACUGGCUGAAUAAGAGCAGUGUUGAGAGUCUGUCCCGUCUAGUGAUCCACCCCCACCAGGGCCCUAUCUACUCUGCCUGCUUCUCCCACGAUGGAGCCAAGAUCGCCACCUGUGGAGCCAGCAAGACACUCAAGGUGUUUAAAAGCACCUCAGGAGAGAAACUCACAGAGAUCCAGGCCCAUGACGAUGAGGUUCUCUGCUGUGCCUUCUCCCCUGAUGACCGUCUCCUAGCAACCUGCUCUAGUGACAGGAAAGUAAAGGUGUGGAAUGUGGAGCGCGCCAUGCUGCUGCGGGUGUUUGCCGAGGAGCAUGAAGAGCAGGUCAACCACUGUCAGUUUACAAACACAAGACGAAAAGUCCUCCUGGCCACCUGCUCCAACGACAAGGUCAUGAAUGUCAAGGUGUGGAACCUCAACAAGCCAACCUGCCAGAACACCAUGUUUGGCCACUUUGAGCCAGUCAACCAUUGUUGUUUCUCCCCUGAUGACACAUAUGUGUCCACUUCCUCCAACGAUGGCACUGUUAAGCUGUUUCAGGCGUCGUCUGCCAAUGAGUGGAAGACAAUCAAUGUGAGCAGCAUGUUCACAGAGAGCGAUGAAGAGGUCUUCGUCAAGUGCAGCACCUGGACUGCUGACGGCAAACACAUUAUAUGUGCUGCCAGGAACGCUGUUUUGGUGUUUGACGUGGAGACGUCGGACAUGUUGUUGGAGAUCAGAACGAAUCGUCUGAGCACGGUGCAAUAUUGUCACGCCUGUCCUACCAGUAAUCUGCUGGCCAUUGCAUUCUCUAACUAUGCUGUGGAGCUGUGGGACCUGGAGGCCAAUAAAAAGAUGGCUGAUUGCAGUGGGCACCUGAGUUGGGUCCAUCGUGUUCAGUUCUCUCCUGACGGCUCGCAGCUGCUCUCCUGCUCUGACGACCAGACUGUCAGGUUAUGGGAAACUAAGAAGGUUCACACGUCCUCAGCCGUCUGCCUGAAGAGAGACUCCGCCGUUCUCUUCACUGAUGAAGAGAUCAUUGUAUCUGCUGCAGACAACUGCAAUAGACUGCAGGUGCGUGAUGGCAAGACGGGAUCCGUGUUGUUCCAGUCAGAGGAGAAGUCUUCCAGGAUCCGGUGUACCUGUAUGUGCAGGCAGCCUCCUGCAGCGGCUCUGGGCCAAGAAGACGGCACUGUACAGGUGUUGGAGGUGCCCUCUGGGAAGCUUCUGGCCACUCUGCUGGGACACACCAAGACGGUGCUGCACUGCCAGUUCAGCCGGAACGGCCAAACACUCAUCACAUCCUCUGAAGACACCACCAUCAGGGUGUGGAGGUGGCAGUCUGGGGAGGUUAGAGCGCUUCAAGGUCACAAAGAGCAGGUCAGAUGCUUCUCUCUGCUCUCCAGCUCACCAGCCGACACAAGACUCCUGUCCUGGUCUUUCGACGGGACUGUCAAGGUGUGGGAUGUAGAAAGUGGAGAGAAGCUACGGGACAUCGAGGCUCAUCAGGGAGCCAUUCUGUCCUGUCAUGUCUCACCAGACGGAUGCUUCUUCGCGACUACCUCUGCUGACAAGACUGCUAAGUUGUGGCACUGUGAGUCCUGGCAGUGCGUCCACACACUGAGCGGCCAUCAAGAUUGUGUCCGAAGCUGCCGAUUCUCCUGGGACAGCCGACGCCUCGCAACCGGAGAUGACAACGGAGAGAUCAGGCUCUGGAGUGUCAGUGAAGGCUCUUUGCUGAAGAUUUGUUCGCGAGACGGUAAAGACGGUAUGGACUCACUCCACGGAGGCUGGGUGACUGACAUGCACUUCUCCCCAGACAACUCUCUUCUGGUUUCUACUGGCGGCUAUAUCAAGUGGUGGGAUGUGGAGAAAGGCGAGGCGCUGCAGACCUUCUACCCAACGGGAAGUGCUUUGAAGAGAAUCCACGUGUCAUCCGACUUCUCCACCUUCGUCACCAUCGACAGCAUCGGCAUCCUCUACAUCCUCCAGAGGGUGGUGUGAUGGCAAUGCUGCAACAUCGGUCCAAACCCAUCCAGCCAACCACUACAUUUUCAAAACUACAGUGUCACUGAAACUGUGUAUUAAAGUGGACGUGUUUGGUUGCAUUAAGGACAUUUUACAGACGGUUCAACCGUAAGCUGCGGUAUCCCAGAAUCGCACACACUGAGAUGCACAGCUUACUUUUCCACUGUGCUCUCUCUACAUUAAGGCUGACACUAGUCAACAGCAUUACAGUAGAGCAUUACAGACACACACUUUCAGUUCUGUGGGGUCAAAUGACUCGGCUAACUUGAGUUGACCAGUUUAUACCAGCUUUAAAUGAAAACUGCUUCAGCGACGAUCAACUGUUGAGAGUGUAGAUGCAACAUGAUAGUGUGUUUGUGUGUGUGUGUUAAGACCGUAGAUGCAAAUGCAUGUAAAAGGUGCAUCAGAUAGUAACAUGUUUACUUAAAAAAAAAAGCCAGCAAUCUU